AUGGGGGACCAGAGGUUACCAGAGAACCAGCCUCAUAGGGUACCCAGGCACAAGCAUGUCUUAAAGUGUAAGAAGAAGAAACAGACAUUCCCUCCUGUCAUGGAGGACCAUCACCAGCAGUUUUUUCAGGAAGAGCUGGAUGACUCUACUGGAGACUAUGAGCCAUGUGAAGAGAUACUAUCACGAACCAGCCGGGGGACCUUUCUCCCCAGAAUUUCUCAUGAAGUCUUCACUAUUGCCACUAAGAAGAGUCAGGGAAAGGUAUCCAAGAAUUUGGAAUUGUUUUACUCAGUCUCAAUGGAGAAGCAAGGAAGCAGAAAGACUCAACACAAACUGGAUCAUUUGUCUCAAAUGGAAGAUGAUGCUGAAGAUUAUUUCACAAAUUUUCUGCAGAUGUCAAAAGAUGAUCAGAAUCUGAUUAAGUGGCCUCUCUUGAAAAAUCAAACGGAAGCAAAUAAGAACAGCAAGCGUGGGAAACACCUUCACAGAAAACUCGACUUAGGAACUCCUGAGAAGUGCAAAUCAUGCCAAAAAAUUUUUUUUCCUAGAGUCACAUCCAUCAACCAGAAUUUGCUUGACUCCCUUAAUUAUAGAUACACACAAAGAGGAAGUGAUGAUAUCAAUGAAUGGGAUGAAGCACCGGAAAACUCGGAUGUGUUGCAACAAUUUGACAAGGACUAUGUUUACCAACCAACUUAUGAAGACUCCUCAGACAAGAAAAUUAGUCAUCUUCCUUCCAAGAUCAAGUACUUCCGAGGGUUAAGCAAAGAAAAGGACAUGAAUAUCUCCAAACAGGAAUCAAAAUUUGAGAUGAAACUCCAAAAAUCACAUGAUCUUUCUAUGUCCAACAAGGAAAAGUUUGAAUAUGGGCUGUUGUAUCAGACACCAAAGCAGUUAAAAGGAGUAGCCACUGAAGAGUCUUUAACUAACACCAAGAACUUGCUUGAAAUUCAAGGUAAAAGCAUUUGCGAACCAGAUGCAUUUGAAAAUCUCUAUAGCAUAAUUGCCUUUAAGGAUUUCAUUGUAUACAAGGGCUAUGAUAUGCCAGUCAUACUCAAGAAGUUUUUUAUGAAAAAGGGAUGGAAUUACAACUCUGUUAAUACUCCUAUACCAACUGUAUUAAAAGAACAUGAAAUGAAAAUGCAGAAAACAGAUGAUGAAGAUGAGGAGAAUGGUGGAAAGGAACAUGACUGCAAGAUUUUCCUAUCACCACAUACUUAA